UCUAACCACACCAGCACAUCCAACCUGUCCCUGUUUUGUUUUUAUUCCGUUUUCUGUGCUUUUUUCUGGCUUCAAAACUAAGUUAAUAUGUGUUGAUUAAGUUAGUCUGAAUGUGUGGAGAGUUUUAGGUGAGUUUAGGCAUUAAACACUGCUUUAAAGUCCAGUGAAGAUGUCCUCAGUUGUGGCCCAGCCUUUGUUCAGCUUCGGGCUGCGGACAGGAGUGAGGAACAGCGUGAGUUUCUGUGAUGAAAACACCGUGGUGUUCCCCUGCGGAAACACCUGUGUGUGCUACAACACCUCCAGGAGGUCUCAGAGGUUCAUCCCAGGCUCAGAGAAGAGUCAGGGUAUGCACGCUCUGGCCCUCAGUCCUAACAGGCGGUACCUGGCGGUGUCAGAGUGCGGAGAGAGAGCCUCCAUCACCGUGUUCGACCUGCAGCACGAGCAGGGCCGGAAGAGGAAGGUCCUGACGGCAGGAGAGUCGACCGCUGAAGAGUUCGUCUGCAUGGCUUUCUCUCACGAUUCAAAGUAUCUGAUCGGACAGACGGGAGGCCCUGAUUGGAUGCUGAUCUUCUGGCUUUGGGAAAAACAGAAGGUCCUGGCAACAGUGAAGACCAGUACGUCCCAUAAUCCUGUUUCCCAGGUCAGCUUCAACCCUCACAACAACACGCAGCUGUGUGUGAGUGGAGGCGGUGUGUUGAAGCUGUUUCGUUACUCAGAAGGAGCCCUGAAGCAGAGCAGCUCCCCCAAAGUGGAGUCCAUCUUCUUCCUGUGUCACAGCUGGGUGACGGAGGAGAGAGUGAUCGCUGGGACAGACUCAGGACGCCUGCUGGUGUUCGAGUCUGGAGAUCUGAGGAGAGAGAUCAAUACAUCGGCGCAGGAAACAGACAGACAAGUGGCCAUGAAGACGAUGAAAGACUCUGAUGUGGAUGAAGGUGUCUCUGUUCCUCGCAUCACAGCCAUUCUGUGUUUCUCUAAAGGCUUCAUAUGCUCUUAUGGUGCCGGCACUGUUUGUCUCUUUGAAAAGACAAAGGAGGACGGUUAUAGAAGGACAAGAGACAUACGGAUCCCAGCAGACAGCAGUGAUCUGACCCCGGCUGACAGUCAGCUGAUUGACACGAUGUGUUUGAGUCCAUCAGAGGAGACUCUGGUCCUCAGCACCGAAAGAGGACAGCUGUACAGCUUCAGCCUGUCCUCUCUGGACUUCAACAAGGAGGAACCUCAUUUUGAGUUCCUGUCGCAGUCCUUCCACUCCAAGUCCAUCACAGGUUUAUCCGUCUGCAUCAGAAAGCCUCUGGCCGCCACGAGCUCUCUGGACCACUCCGUGCGCAUCUGGAACUACGAAACAAAAGUGCUGGAGCUCUACAAAAAGUUCCCAGAGGAGGCGCUCAGCGUGGCUCUGCAUCCGACCGGCCUCUUCAUCCUGGUGGGAUUUUCAGACAAACUCCGGCUGAUGAACCUGCUCAUCGAUGACAUCCGAACCUUCAAGGAGUUCGCUGUGCGCGGCUGCAGAGAGUGCGCCUUCAGUCACGGUGGACACAUGUUUGCAGCUGUCAAUGGGAACGUCAUCCACAUCUACUCCGUCACCUCUUUCGAGAACAUCCUCAAUCUGAAAGGCCACAAUGGGAAGGUGCGAGGCAUCGAGUGGAGUCUGGACGACGGCCGGCUGGUUUCGUGCGGGAUGGACGGAGCCGUGUACGAGUGGAACGCUCAGACGGGAAAACGAGUGUCAGAGAGCGUCCUGAAGUCCUGCAGCUACACUGAUGUCUCCUUCUCUUCAGACGGAAAGACCAUCCUGGCUGUGGGAACGGACUUCACACUGAAGGAGAUCCAAGACUGUCAGGUGCUGAGGGAGGUUCCUGCUGAUGAAGUCGCUCACACGGCUGUCGCUGUGUCUCACUCCGGCAGAGUCGUGUUCACCGGGACGCCCAGAGGAACCAUCAGAGCCGUGAAAUACCCGCUUCCUCUGCAGAAAGACUGGAUCACAUACCAAGCUCACUGUGGCCCCAUCACCAAGAUGGUUUUCACGUGGGACGAUCAGUUCCUGCUGACAGCGGCUGAGGACGGAUGUCUGCUGAUGUGGAAGGUCGUGGAUAAAGAGGGUCGAGGACUGAAGAGCAACCGACAGAUCAUCCAGACUGAAGAGAUCCUCGUCACCAAGGCAGACCUGGAGGAGAAGACGCAGAACAUGCUGGAGCUGAAGCUGCGUCUGGAGGAGCUGCAGAUGGAGAACGAGUACCAGCUGCGUCUGAAGGACAUGAACUACAGCGAGAAGAUGAAGGAGAUCUCUGACGCUUUCACACAGCAGAUAGACUCUCUGAAGACCAUGCAACAGGCCAUGAAGACCGAGAUGGAGAAGCAGCAGCGUGAGAACCAGAUGAGCACUGCAGAGAUCUCUGAGAAGCACUCUGAGGAGCUGGAGGCUUUAGAGGAGUCCUACAGCCAGAAGCUGAUCACGGAGCAUGAGAGGUUCCAGGAUCUUCAGCGUGAAAGCGAGAGGAUGCAGGAGGACUUUGAGAAGCAGCUGAAGGACGUGGAGGAGGGAAGAGUGCACACUGUGGAGGAGCUGAAGCAGAACUACGAGGCCAAGCUGGAGGAGAAGGAUCUGAUCCUGCUACAG